CUGAGCCUCGCGCUACUCGCGACCACAGUACGCAAGCGCUCCACUCUAGAGGCGCAUCUCUGCAGUCUCUUCCUUCGAUUCUGUCUCUCAAGUGCGUCUGACCAACAACGUCAGAUCAAUGCUGUCCUGCGUGGUGCGGUAGAGUCCAACCUGCCAAGCAAAUGAGCAGCCAACAUCCUCAGCCUUGGCUCUGCAAGAGCGAAGCAAGCAGCGCGUCUACUAGCACAUGCAAGAGAUGAUCAGGGUUCUAGAGUUUUGCUCAAUACCCUUGAUUCAAGCGUUUUCCCCGCGUCGUUCACGGAACCAGCUCAGCAGCCUCAAGGUGGCAUCGCAGCAGAUACGGCCAACAACGAACCCAUGGCUUUAUCUAACAGCGUCUCUGUCUCUUCUGAUACAUUACGCUGAGUCUAACGCAUUCAAGAGGACGAUCUAGACUGAUUUGAACGCCUUGCACACGAUACACGCAUGACAAAGGAACCAGCACGACUACGACGCGUGCCAAGGGAUAAUUCCAAGCGCACUGUGAUCCAGGCUGUCGAACCCAUUUUCAACACGUUGCCGAUCUAAAGAAGACAGUCCGUCGUCUUGAUCGGAACUUCACGUCCCUUGCCAGGGCGCAAGCGAAGCGGAUUUCCAUGGCUCUUCUCAGCAUGCUGCCAAGAAUCUGCAAGUCGCCUAAUCGAGGCACACCAAGCGUCUGCAGAGGCAGAGGCUGAGCAGCAGGAGAUCGACGACGACAACGACACACAACAAGGACCAC